CGUAGUAUCUGAAGCGAAAUCGAUUUCUGUUUCAAAGCCAGUGGAAGAAUUCUAUUUUCUUAAUUGUGAAGAAAUUUUAAAACUACAAGGAGAUACCUUUAAACUUAGACGUCUUUUCUACGACUUGUUCGUAAAUAUUAUUAAAGAAAAUCUUCCAACUUCCUUUGCAAUUGAUAUAUUGGCUAAUUAUUUUUCUAAAAUUGAAGAAGUACUAAAGCACAAAAUAGAAAAUCUUAUAGUGGACUUAAUAUGGAAUUUUGAACUUGAAACUUGUAAGGGCCAACAAUCUGAGAAUAAUCGCUCCGUUUUUGUUAAUUUUACGAAGUCGCUUUUGAGUCACUCUAUUAUAAAGGCGGAACUGGUUAAAAGACGACUAGAUCCUCACUUUCUAUCAGAAAUCUCGUUGAUCCGGUCUGUGGAAUCAUGGAAUAUUGCCUUUAGGCGAAUUCGAACCAAACUCGUUUAUAAGCAGAAGAAGUUUAAUCUUCUUAGAGAGGAGAGCGAAGGGUAUUCCAAACUGGUGGUGUUACUUUCUCCCCUCGUUGUUGAGGACAACCAGAGUGCUGUUGAAGUCUUUUCUCAAAUCAAGUCGCUUGUCGGUUAUUUUGACUUGGAUCCCAAUCGUGUUUUAGGAAUCCUUUUGGAAGCCUUUGAAGUGCAUAUUUGCGAGGCGCUGGCAGAUGGAGCACAACAGCUUGAACGCAACUCAGUUUUCCAUAACAUUGUGCAAUUUUUUACAACUCUCCUUCAGACCUUUGAUUUUUCAGCGCAGUCCCUCUGUGCUUUGCUGGGAUUUCGUUACAAAAGCUUCAAGGAAUCUGACGUUCCGGCGCCUCUUUCUUUUUCCUUGGUCUCUGCUUUUCUAAUAACCCGCGGAUUGGUCAAGUUAGAGGACGUGUUGCCCUAUUUGCAUCCCUCAGUGGAUAUAAUGAGCGAAAAGGCCAAUCUAAUUUUUAAAACUGCCGAUGCAGCUGCUAAAGAUUUGUUGAUGGUUAAUUUGUCGCUGAACGACAACGAAGUUAGAGGCAUUGAGCAGUUGAAAACGGAAGCGUUUUGUAGAUACAAGUUGGAACUUUACAAAGACCUGGUUUCUUAUGGAGAAAAGAAUCAAACUGUAGGUCUUUCGCUGGCACUCCUGAAAAUCGGCAAUUGGACUUUGUGCCGGAAACUUCUUAUUUCUGUUCCGCGGGGACUAGCCUUUGCUUAUCCUCCGCUCAGCAAGCUCCUGCAGGGCGCCGUGCACCGGGCCAUACAGCCUUUAUACGACUCAAUUCGACCUCUGGGUUCUUCCACGCCUCUCCGGCACGCUGAGCUGCUCGAGUCCUUUCCCGAGAUCGGCAGGGUGGCGACAGUCGAUGGUUUAUCUGACAAGGUCUUUCCUAUGCUGAAUGAGCUCGGCUGCUACUGCGACGAUCCCGUUCUGAUAGCUAAACUUUGUCGAAUCGGGAAAGUCAUUGUCGAGAAGGGGCUGAGCGUAGACCCCACCUUGACCUCCUCUGCAACUCUGCAGGAAUUCGUUGAUGUAGUGUGUCUUUGUAUUCUUCCGAGUCUCUCUGCUAUGGAGAGCAACCCCGGUUUAUUGGAGGAGUUAUGGCAGGCCAUCCGGAAACUGCCGUACCAUUUGCGCUAUCACAUUUAUGCCAGGUGGAAGCAUCAGACCUACCAGCAGCAGCCAACCCUUGUGAUCUGUAGGGCGUUCACCAUCUUUUCCUCGAAACGCUGGAUGAGGCGCAUUUCUUCCGAUGAUAAAAAAGUUAAAGACAGUGGAAGGAAGCUAGGAAAAAUUGCCAACGGCAGUCCUCUUAUCGUAUUAAGCGAUAUCAUCGCUAAACUCAAACGGUACGAUAACUUUGUUGUUCCGGUCGUCGAAUGCACAAAGUUUUUGACGGCCCUUUCAAGGGAUUCCAUGCUAUAUUGUUUGAUAGAAGCACUUACUGUCGAGGAUUGUAGUGUUUACGUGGACUCUGGACAGGGUCAGGCCACCUGGCAUAAAUCAUUGUCAAAUUUCAUUGGUUUGUCUCUAAAAAAGUUUAAAGUUGAUGGUUCCGGUAUCCUACAGUUUAUCGCCAAGCACCUCAUGAAUAACAACGUCGAUCACCUUCUUAUUCUUGAAGAACUGAUUACCAAAAUGGGAGGAAUCGAAACCGAAAAUGUUCAGGUUCUUUCCGAAAGUCAAGUUACUGCUAUGGCUGGCGGUUCUUUGCUUAAACAAGAGGUUAACCCGUCACUGCACAUGCCUCUUGUCCCAGACGACGUACCUUCAGUGCAGGAGUCCAUCGUCAGUAGUAGGAACAUGAGCAAUUCAACGGAGCGUCUGAAAAACACUCUACUCAGCAACGGCAUCGCCACGUCCCUGCUGUUGUCAUUGGCUCAACAGCGCUCGCGGGUUUUGUAUGUAGAAGAUAAAACGCGCCUCGAGCACCGUAAAGUUCUCGGCUUCGUUUAUGAUACUACGCACGACGUUUUGAUGCAGCUCUGUAAAUUUUAUGCAGUUUCAUUUGAAACUGACGCUCUAGAAUUGCCAUCUUUAGUCAGUCUAUUACAGGAGUACCACCUCGAACCCGAAGUCGCCUUCACUAUAGUUCGACCAGCUCUUAGAAGAAGGCUACUGGAAAGGCAGAGCACUAAUGCUGCCGUUACAAGGGCGCAGGAGCAGCAGAACUUUGUUGAGGCUCUAGACGAAGUAGUUGAGAUAAUAGUUCCUGUUGCUGAAAAAAUAAUUGCGAGCGAAAAAGCAUGGAUUUGUAUAUCUCCCCGACUCUAUGCUGUUUUCUGGAUACUAGAGCACGCAGACUUGGAGCACGCCGCCCACCUAUAUGAAAAGAAGAUACAAACCUACAAAGCGGAACUAGCGUCGCUGGAUGAUUCGGACACAAAGAGGAGAAAAGAAAAGGAAAUAUUGUUGAAAAACCUUGAAAUCGAGAAAAACACUAGGCUGAAGCACUGCGAGAAUGUGCACCAUUACCUGAAACAAGCAUGCACAGGCUGGUUUAAAAAAACCAUUAAGGUUCCGGAGGCUAAGGAAGUGGCUUCGUACUUUCACAUGCUUUGUAUAGCGCCCAGAAAGCUGUAUAGUGUUUCAGACGCUCUCUUUUGCCACUCAUUUACAAAGUUGUUGCAAUCCUUUAAUACAAGCAACUAUCCUGCACUUCUUCAUUAUGACUUGAUAUUUUACGAAGUGGUCAGUGUGCUGGAUGCGGGCUCUCUGAACGAAGUUUACCGCUUCGGUUACUAUUUGUGUGCGCUGCUGGACCAUUUGGAAUCGUGGCACAGCGAUAAAAGCAUAUAUGAGAAGGAGUACAGUGCGUGUUGGAAUUCGGGAGACAGAAAAAUCAGUGAUACUCUUUUCCGCACUUAUAACUACAGAUGGCAGAAGCGACUAGGGAUGAAAUGUCGCGCUGUAUUCAAAACCCUCAACGACGUAAGCGUGCGGAACACUCUAAUCUUACUAAUGAGGAUUGUUAAGUUUUUCCCGAAAGUACAAGCCAUUGGCGAUGAACUGCUCGGGCACGUCAAGGCCUUUAAAGAACAGAACGAGAAGGAAGACUUGAAGACAGUCGCUACUAGAUAUUACAACGUGCUCUGUAACGUCCAAUAUCGUCAUGAGUGGUGCGAGGGCAUCCCCGACUUACAGCCGAAGCCUUUAACACCAGCAGCUCCUCUUUCCAAGCAAAAACUGCCCGCCGCGCCCCCAUCGACGGUGAGUGCCUCAAAUAACUCUUUUAACGACACGAACGGCGGCCAUGGAAAAGGCACGAGUAGUAGCCCUAACGAUAACAGUGGGAGCGACGUUACCGCCAGUAGCUCCAACGCAUAUAACGAUAGUGGCAAUCCUCCCGACGUCCACCCCGGCCACGCCGGUACAUCUGAAUCUGUGAAGCAGUCAGUUGUCAAAGCUUCCCAGGCGCCGACGAGAGAUGUUGUUCCAAGCGAAGUCCGUUCUACUGAAGAAGCCAAAAAAGAUGCAACAGGUUCCACUUUGCUUCGGAAUCCAUCCGCAACGCGGCCGUCAGCGAAGGAAAAAUCUUUUUCCCCGCCUAGUCCUUCCGAGUCUCCAACGAACUCCACUUUGGAAAAACACCCUGAAGAAAACGAAGUUCUUGGACGGCAAAGCAAAAAUCUAAAAAGAGAAAAACUCGAGAGUAAAAAUAACACGCCUUCCGAAAAAAUAGAGGUGGCUAAAGAGAGAGGAAGAGCACUUUCACGAGAGAAAAUCGAGAGAGUUGGAACGCCGUAUAGAGAAAGUGAGCGAUCCAGAGUUUUUGAAAGGAUGAAGGGGGAUCGCGAAGGAAAUAUUUAUAACGAAGCGGAGUUAUUCUCCAAAAGGCGGCACGAUGGAGCCGACGAAGUUAAAUACGCUGGCCACAAACGCCACGGUCUUGCCAAGUUCCGAACGGGAAGCACUGAAAGAGUGACACUGGUAGAAAAAAGCACCGAGCCAAGGAUUCGGGCUGCCCCGUUCCAAGUGCGCGCUGGAAGACACUCCUCGGGAACACACCGCACAGCACACGGGGGUAGAGACCUGAAGGAGAGAAAACGCUAAACAACCACAAUCAAACUUUAUUAUGUGCUGCCUCCAGGGAAUGAAGGCGAGGUUUAGCAAAAGAUACCCCAAAAAAUUUUUGCAUCGUUCUAAAUGUUCCUUGUAGCGCCCUGUUGCGAAUAAAUCCACCAAGUUUAGAUAAGACACAUGUUAACCAAAAUAAAUU